AUGCUCGGCAUGCAGUCUGGCGAGACGAUGUCUAAUGGUGCCAACUAUGGGCAUCGCCAGACUCAAUCAUUCGCCGUAAAGCCAUCGAUCAACUCCGACCUCAAUGGGUACGCGAAUGGAUCUUUCCACUCCCAUCAACCCUCCAUGGGCGGGUAUGGCGACCGACACCCGCAGCGAAACAACGUUCCGAACAUCAACACUGGACGAAUCCCGAGUAACAACUACAAUGGACAAGACAUGCAGACGCCCCAAACAGGCUACGACAUGAACUUCACACCUCUGCUUCCAUCGCAGUUGUUAAUGGGAAGCCCUUUCCAGCCCGGCUCGCCUUCGACCUUUCAAUCCCCUCAAUUCCAGAGCUUCUCUAGCUUCUCUCAGCAGCAAGGUGGGCCACGUCACCAACAGUAUCAGAGCAACAAUGCUUUCCAGCAUCAGCAGACAUCGAUCUCACCAAGCGCGUACCAGAGUCUGACCUCUCCUGCAGCCAUGGGCCCGGGCUCGUACUUUGGUAGCAUUCAGUCGCCGACGACUGGUUUCAAUGCCCUGACUGGAGCCAGCAUGGCAGGGUACGGUGGACCAAUGCAGAUGGGACCGGGCAUGAUGUCUGGAACGAGUCGUACUGUAUAUCUUGGCAACAUUCCUCCCGAGACGUCUGCAGAGGAGAUCCUGAGCCACGUCCGCAGUGGGCCGAUUGAAUCCGUUCGUCUGCUCCCUGACAAGAACUGUGCUUUCAUCUCGUUCUUGGACGGAAGCUCCGCAACUCAUUUCCAUUCGGAUGCGAUCUUGAAGAAGCUGUCGAUCAAGGGCCAGGAUAUCAAGAUUGGCUGGGGCAAGCCCUCAUCGGUUCCGACUUCUGUUGCACUCGCUGUGCAGCAGUCGGGCGCUUCUCGAAAUGUCUACCUGGGAAACCUGGGCGAGGAUAUGUCUGAAGAAGAGCUUCGCGAGGAAUUAAGCAAGUUCGGACCCAUUGACACUGUGAAACUUGUCCGGGAGAAGUCGAUUGGAUUCGUGCACUUCCUUUCGAUCGGAAAUGCGAUCAAGGCGGUCACUUUGCUUCCACAGGAGCCCAAAUGGCAGGCACCACGACGUGUGUACUACGGAAAGGAUCGAUGUGCCUAUGUCUCCAAGACCCAGCAGCAAAACGCGGCGCAAUACCUUGGAAUCGCCCCUGGGUACGCUCACGUCUUGAAUGGCGCAGAUCGGGAUCUGAUCACCAACGCUCUGGCACAGCAGUCUGUAGCUGCAGCGGCCGUGGCCACAACCGCUGGUGGUGUGAACAACUUGGGCAACCGCACAGUCUACCUUGGCAACAUCCACCCAGAGACGACGAUCGAAGAGAUUUGCAACGUGGUCCGUGGUGGACUGCUUCACCACAUUCGCUACAUCCCCGACAAGCACAUCUGCUUCGUGACAUUCAUCGACCCAACGGCAGCCGCAUCGUUCUACGCCCUGAGUAACCUGCAGGGACUGAUGAUCCACAACCGCCGACUCAAGAUCGGUUGGGGUAAGCACUCGGGUGCACUCCCACCAGCUAUCGCUCUGGCUGUUUCUGGUGGUGCUUCUCGCAAUGUGUAUGUCGGCAAUCUUGACGAGUCGUGGACGGAGGACCGCCUGAGGCAGGACUUCCAGGAGUAUGGCGAGAUCGAGCUCGUCAACACCUUGCGCGAGAAGAGUUGUGCUUUCGUCAACUUCACCAACAUUGCAAAUGCCAUCAAAGCGAUCGAGGCAGUCAGAGGAAAGGAGGAGUACAAGCGCUUCAAGGUCAACUUUGGAAAAGACCGCUGCGGCAACCCACCUCGACAAGUUGUUAACGCGCAGCAGAUGCAACAGCGUGAACAACAGCAGCAACAUGAGAACGGCCUGAACUCUUCAUCACCAGUGAAUGGUCUUGCCCCAAGCAGAACCCAUAACUCCAUCUCCCCCGCGAGUUCUGGUCCCUCGAAUGGUGGUUACAACCCAGCACAUGGGCCAACUGCAUCAACAAUCUUCAACAACGGCGGCAACAACCCUCUAACGCUGUACCUAGCAGCCACGCAACAGAGCGCACAAGCAGCCGCGGAGCAACAAGCACACCAAGCCUUCCUCCAGCGCCAAGACACUCUGAGCCCCUCCGACUUCGAGCAGCUGUCCCUACACCCCUCCGCCUACCAGCAGUCUCAGGGCCAAUCCUCCCUAAUGUCCAGCCAACAAGCUUUCUACGAUACCCCGAACGAAGUAACCGCCCCACGAUCCGGCGGUCUCGAACCUCCCUCCCAACACUACAGUCACGGCAGCCACCAGUCGGUGAACAUCACCAACGGCGCCCCCAUGAACUCCUACUCCAACGCCGCAAGCCAGAGCACCCAACAAGCCCAGCACCGCCGCGGUGUCAGUCUGCCAGCUUUCUCACUGCAGCAGGCACAGCAAGCAGAGCAGAGCGGCAACUUGGCCGGUCUAGGCGGCUACAGCCCCGGCGGCUAUGGGCUAGGCGUGUCCGAGGGCACAUUACCCGGCUGGGCAGAGGAGGAAGUCGCAUAG